CACCUUAUUGAAUGACUAUUACAAAAAUUAUCUUGCAGAAGAAAAUUUCCCAAAAUUCGGAAAUGGUUAUAGCAAUAGAAGAAAGAAACUUUGGAGAUGGUUUUAAGGAUGAAAUGUACAAUUCCAUCCUAGAAUUUGUUGUUUCCAGAGCCAAAGAACUGGCAACAAGCCCUCCUGGCGAUCAAGAUGAAAUGAAUCAAUUAAUGGAGGAAAGAGAAUCAUUUUUUGAAGAGAGUGAGGAAGCAAAGAAGGCGUUGGAUAUAACACAGAUCAAAUGUCAUGUAGUGUGUUUCUCCUUUUCAAGAAUGAUUCAAGCAAACACCCUGAAAUGGUGAUAAUGGAAGACGGAAGUAGAAAGGAGAGUGGUGGCUUUGAAGAUGAUGAGAGACUAGAUAUUUUACUUGUUCAACAAGGCAAUGAGGAAAGAGACGAAUCUGAUGGGAAAAUGGUAGAGGGGUCAAGAGAUUUAUGUGAGCAAACUGUAGCCCUUUCCCAUGAAUCAAGUUUCACUGCAAUUACAGAACCUAAGAUGAGCAGUUGCAACGACUUGGUUAUGAUCAAGGCUAAAGAGGAUUUUCAAUUGAUAGAUCAUAGUAAUGGUAUUAUGCAUAUUGAAGAAGAUAAAAAGGGGGUAGAAGUAAUUAACCACCCUUCAGCUGUUGAAGGGGUUGAGGGGUUGAUCGAUGAAAUUCAAGGAACUGAGCUGAUUGUGGCAGUAGAAGAGAAGAACCAGUUGGAAGAUAAUAGUAUUUGUGACCUUAAUGAUGUUAUUCAGGAAGAGAAAACAGAAGAAAACCUGUUAAACGGACUCAAAGAAAAUGUGGAAUCAUCUGAAACUGAAGAGGAUUUUCAAUUGAUAUCUCAUAUUAAUGGUGUUACACAUACUGAAGAAGACAAAAUGGGGGUAGAAGAAAGUAACUACGCUUAUGCUGAUGAAGGGGUUGAUGGAUUCAUGGAUGAAAUUCAAGGGAAAACACAACCUCCUUUUGGAUCAUCAUUAAAGAAAGAAGCUUCGCCAACUGAGUUUUUCCUCCUCCAGAGCUGCACUCAUGAGAACCCUGCAAUGAUUAUAGUGGUAGAAGAGAAAACUCAGUUGGAAGAAAAUACUACUUGUGACCUUAAUGAUGUUAUUCAAGAAGGGAAGACAGAAGAAAACCUGUUGAAUGGAUUCAAAGAAAAUGUGGAAUCAUCUGAAGCUGAAGAGAAACUUAGAGAAAAUGAAGAAUGCCCCUUAACGGAAUCCCAAAGAGUCGAAUUCUCCUUGGAGCAUUAUAAUCUGAUGGCAUACAAAGAAAAUCCACUGAUUCAGUUCCAGGGAAUAGAGCCAAUUGUAAGAGAAGCGAAAGCAUGUUUAGACGAUAGAUUCCCUCUUUCCAUAGAACCAAAUAUGAUAAUAGUUCAACCAAUCCAGGAUAAUAACCUCAGCAAAUCUGAGAAGGCUCUUGAAAUAGAGGAAUCCCAUAUCGAAGCUGGUGCCGAAGAUUCGGAAAUUUCUCCAGAUGAAGAAGUAGAGGAGAUAGAAGAUGAUUCCGUUUCAGUUCAAUACCAUGAACUUGAAGCUCCCAAAGAUAAAUUGGAGAGGGAAAUUGAAUGCCCACAAACUUUACCAGCAGAUAAGAAAGAAGAAGCUGAAAUUCACAAAGAAUCAGUCGCUCAAAUCAAAGAAGAAGAACAAAUUUUAAAGCUUUCUUUUGAUCUGGUAGAGAAGGGAGUAAAGAAGAUAGUGGCCCAAACAGUUAAGCAAGAUACAAAGACAGGAUUGAUUGAUGUGGAUGAGAAGCACCAACGCAAAGUAGAUGGCGAUGAAAAUACUUUGUCAAGUAAAGAAAAGCAACAAAGGAUAGCAACGAAGAAAGUAAAGAGAACAGAAUACAUGUUCAUGGGCUAUCCUAACGGUUAUUUUUUCUUGUUGACGACAGUAGCAACAGCCUUUGCAGUUUUGGCCUUUCUCUAUACAGAAGGUUUUAUUACAAGAACCGCCAUUUUGGAAAAUUUCAUCACAAGCUAAGCCUGCUCUUUUAUUCAUCUUGCAACUACAUUAUCUAUACUUUUCUGGAAAUAUAUGAGUAGAUGCUGAAACUUGUAGGUUAAAAUGUACUUUUUUAUUCAUCUUGCAAUUAUAUUAUCUAUAUACUCAA